GGAGAUAAACUUCAGCCUCUCGACACUUCUGAUUGCUUAAAACCUGUUAUAAACAAGGUAUGAAAAUGUUGUUGUUCUUCUUGUUGUGCCUGUUUCUGGGUGCUGUGUCUCCAUCGAAGGAGCAGGAGGUGAAGCUGCAGGAGGUGAAGGAGCAGGAGGUGAAGGAGCAGGAGGUGAAGCUGCAGGAGGUGAAGGAGCAGGAGGUGAAGCUGCAGGAGGUGAAGGAGCAGGAGGUGAAGGAGCAGGAGGUGAAGGAGCAGGAGGUGAAGCUGCAGGAGGUGAAGCUGCAGGAGGUGAAGCUGCCACGAGGCGGUUGUCCCAUGUUCUGGUACAGCUUCAACGGCCGCUGCUACAAGUACGUCGCCACACUGAUGACCUGGGGUGAUGCAGAGCUCAACUGUUUGUCACAAGGAGCCAACCUGGUGUCCAUCCACAGUCGGGGGGAAGAUAAUUUUGUCAAAAUGCUGAUCAGAAACUUUGAUCAUACUGAGGGAUAUACCUGGACUGGACUCAGUGACAUUCAGAAGGAAGGACAUUGGUUUUGGUCUGAUGGCUCAAAUGUCAGCUUUACAGAUUGGGAUAAUUAUAUGCCAGACAAUGGAGGAGGUGGUGAACACUGUGGACACACCAACUAUAUAACAAAUAAGAAGUGGAAUGACAUAGCAUGUUCAAACAGGUUCUCAUCUGUUUGUAAAACUCGUCCAGUUUGUCCAUGAAACAAAACGUUAUUGUGAUCCUUUUCAUCAGAAUCAGGUGUGUUGAUCAAUUACUUGUGAUUGAAAAUAUGUGCUGAUCCACUUAACAUGUGAUAUAGUCAUUUAUGUUUAUGUACUUAAGUCUAUUGAUAAUCGGUCUUCAGACUUAAAGAAUAUUGUAAAAGGAAUUAGGGAAAGGUGACGUUAUUAAACGAUUCAGUUUGUGUCACACCACAGCCAAGCAUGCAUACUAAUAUCUAUAUACAUCAUGUGUAACAAAGGUUGAUUUGACACAUUAAUACUUCCCCAAAAUUAUUGUUGUUUAACUUUAUGUAUAUCAAACUGUUUCUGAACUUUAGUUUUUGAGUGUGUCUACUUGGACAUUGUCUUUUUUGGGGAGGAAACACCCCCAUAAAACGCUCUGUCCCGCUUUAACUUUCACUCUUUUUUUCUGUGAUGUCUUUGGGGAAAGAAAUAAAAUUGCAUAAUUGAA